AUGAAGCCCAACGAGUACACAGGCGAGACGGCCAACUCGGUCACCGAUCCGGCAAUCCCCCGCAUAAAGAAACAAAUGAGUAUGUCCGCCCGCAUCGGACCGGAUGGGAUCCCAAUCUUUAAGCAGGUGCCCACCAUUGAAGAGGAGGAGGAGGAGGUCAAGGGUCCAGCCAAGUGGAGACACAAGUGCACCAACUACCUGCUCUGUCGAUGUUCGAAGCGUUUCUACACUGCAUGGAUGUGCUGCUUCGGCUUCAUGAUUACCUUCGGCAUCCGUUGCAAUAUCGGUUGGGUCACACUGCAGAUGCGGAAUAACACACACCCGGCAGCUGCUGAAAUCCCAGAGGCCAUCGAAAUCGCUAACGUCACCACGGUGAGUUGCCCGCACUCAUUCCCAGUCCACGUUGUCGUACUCAUAUUCCAGAGGGCAGACCAACUUUUUGUUUUGACGGUAGACAAAAAUAUCGGCUACCAGUUUGUCCGGAGUUAUCUGCACCGACUGCAGGACACUAUAUUCUGUCCAGGGUAUGUGCAUUCUCUCUGGGGGUCAGAAAUCUAACAGGCAGAGACAUCGAACGUUGUCAAGGCGGACAAUUACUAAUGUAGGCCUGUUUCUUGUUUCUGCGUGCCAGUGAUGAAUGCAGAUAAUUCGUCGUCAUGGUGCCCAUUUUAACAUGAAAAUUGCAGUCUCUCCUCAUGUAAAAACAGAGCACUUGGGUAGGGGGUGAAGAGUCGGCAUCAAAAUCGUAAAUCAGACUUACUGAUUUUUGUGAGAUUACUUGUAACUGAUAUCUGAUAAUUAAAUUGUUUUUGGAAACUCAAGCCAGCCAAACUUGUGGACAAACAGAAAAUUGGGCAACUCUCCAGCUUCCAGUUUGAUUGUGUACAUAACGGGAAUCUUGUACAAAUCAAUUUCAACUGACGAGGCAUCACAAGUAGGUCAUAUGUUUUAGACUGCAUGUCCACUGGAGGGAGUAUUUAAAGCGUCUGAAUAAGCAAUGAAAGAACAGAUGCCAGUUUAAAAUUAUACUGACUUGAACUUGUGACUCUCUACUUUACCUGCCAAAAUUUUCGGCUUCCUUUGAGUAACCCGGUGGAGUACUUGAAUGACAAACGAGUUGAAAUUAUUGCAGUCAGAGAAAUUUAACUUGCGAUUUUAGCAGAACGGUCGGUGAAUAAACCUGGCUGACUUUUUACGAGAGGAAGGAAGAGCACCAAUUAAUUUAUAAGCAGGUGAACGAUUGAUCAGAUACAGGAAGCGUGUAAGCGCGAAGACAUUUCGCAGCCGCCACUUUCAAAUUAUGUGAGUUACUUCUUUCCAAUAAUCUUUCUCAAUGGAAUAUUUUACUUGGGGCUCAAACACUGCCCACCUUCACGCCAUAAAACCGAAUUUCGAGACUAACCACCACAUUUCAUGCAGUGCAUGCAGAAACAGCACUCUGUAAAAAGCGACUACCUAUUUUGCAUGAAUUUGUCUCAUAAUUCUCCAUGCCUCUAAAUAUCUUAUUUUAGUUCAUGGAAAACAUAUUUAAAAAUAUUCAUUCUUAUGCUCAUUCGGUAGAAAAUAGCGUCUUCCAAUCUUAAACUCGAAGUAAGGGUAUAAUUCGGUUUUCAAAACCUUUUCAAAUUCCCGAAGAAUUUUGAACCCACUCUAUCGUUACUCUUGGAUUUAGGGUUUCCAAACUGCCAGUCGUGUAUUUUCCGCGUACCGAAAACCAUUCAUUUCUCUACGCUAUUGGGAGAAGACCGUACGCGGUUCAUAAAAUGUAACGGUGGAUUUGAGCCAAAUUGAUAAGUUCACAAGCCAUAUUGGCAAAUGCAGAGACAUGAACGACCAAUCCACAUUAUUAAAGAAUCUCACAAUAAGAAAAUUUCUGAAAACCGAUUUAUACCCCUUCUUCGAGUAUAAAUUGGGAUAAGACGCAUUUUUCACCAAAUGGGUAAAAGAACGAAUAUUUUUUGCAUGUUUUUAUGAAAUAUAAUUGAACUUUUAAGGGCUUCAAAAAUCAAUGCGAAAAAUUCAUGGUACAUAAGUAGUCGUUCUUUACAGAGUUUAGUUUGUAUAUGCAGACGGAAAGUUCAUUCGAAAGUCGGCAUCCUGAGGUAGCUGAAAUAUUAUAAAAUUAUGGCGCAUGCUGACUAGUUUUACAAACCCACUUAAUUAAUCUUUUUGAAACGAAGAUGCCUUUUGGAAUUUCGGCUGAUAUUUCAUGAGUUGACCCACCUACUGUAUAUUUAAGCAGUUUACUUCAAUAAUCAACCGGAAAAACUCGACGUCUCGUUAGAACUCGAACCUUGGGCGGAAAAAGCAGAGUGUAAGCACAGACAACGCUUUUAACCACCUGGACUGUGAGGUAUUGACAAGGGACGAGCGUUGAGUUUAAUUGAGAUUGGGCUGAGUUACCCCAUCAAGUUGAGCAGCUUUGGCAACCAGCAGUCUGUGGCUUCUGGGCUUCGUCCGUAGGAUUUCUUAAAUGUCGAGUACAUAUUACUGUGUCAAACUGUGUAAUUUACUGGCAUAAGCCUGUUCUACGAACAAUAAAUCAUCUGGAGAUCCGGACCUUGGAAAUAUGGCCUUUCCGCUUACUUUCAACUCCCAUUUUUCUUUUGCAAUCCCUACCCUUUAAAAAGUGCUUCCGGAAGGAUUAAUCCGAUUUUUACCAAUUAUCAAGAGUUAAACGAAAUUUAAAACUAAGUUUUUAAUUGGGAAAAAUUACUGAAGUUCGGUUCUAGUAGUAAUUGUCAUUCAGCAUAAUCCUAACAUACUUCUGGCUUUUAAAUGCAUUCCCUUCUUGCCAUCUGUAAAAGUUGCUUUCGGCAAAAAUGACCAAUUAAUUAGUUUGCAUUUUUUCACCGAUUCUUUGUGUUUUUAUAAAUUCAGACACAUUUCGGGUUAAAAAUAUCUUCAAGUGUACUGAUUCGGUGACCAAGUAUUCAUUCUUUAAGUUGUAGGCCGAAACAAAUGGUUCCUUUUGAUUUUAAAAUGUUUUCAAUAAUAAGCGUUUUUAAGAUCGUGAGAUAUCCAUUCAAAUUGCAUCGUAUCUGUUUAUCUACUAUGAUUACUUUUAAAGCAUACGCAUUGGUCCAUAACCACUGAAAGUUUAUGGUUCCCUUGUGAUAUGUUUUAAGUGACGUAGAGGGAAAAAUGAUUUCCUAACAUCGAAAAUAUAUAACUUGUGAAUUCAAAGCCUUAAGUAAAGUGAAAUAGCAGGUUGGUUUUAAAAUCACACUGGAAUUGGAAAAACGUUUUAGAUCUAAAAAUACCCUUUCUUCGAAUAUAGAAUUUAAAGGCGACCCAAUUCGCCUCGAAAUGAUUUCAAAAAGAUAUCUUUGAAUUUGUUGUCCGCGACGCAUAAUUGCAUUAACGAGAGUAUUGAAAAUCAACGGAGAGAUGCACAGUUCAUAAGAAGUCAAUUUUUUGCCGAGGGCUGUUUUUGCAGACGGUCAUUAAGAAAUGCAUUCAAAGAGCAACACUUUGGCAUGUGUGAAAUAUCAUGGAAUUAUGCCGAAUAAUAUACCGGAAGUUCAACCCUACUUAAGAAAUCCUUCCUGAUAGAAAAUGCAUUUCGGGAUUUCGAUUAGCGUUUCAUGAGAUCGACCGCUCACUGUAAGCAACGGUUAGGGUUAUGUAAAGAGUUAUCCUUAAGUAUUUGUGCUGACGAGUUAAAGCAGGCUAUGGUAAAUGACAGUAGAAAAUGCCUUAGAGUGACCAAAAUCAGGAUCGACGUUUGGAAGUAUUUAUCGGGUGAAGUUAGGUUUGGAGGUCCGAAAAUGCGAUCCGAUUUAUGUUAACAGCCACAUGUGUUAACAACGCAUGAUUCAAACUCGGGGCUGCCUUGAGACUGUCCAUUUUUGAAGAAUGUGAAUAAAGGCAUUUUAGGGUAUCAGAGACGAAGUGAAGAGGAGAGUGCCGGAGUAAGACUUAAAUGAGGGAAAUAAGAUAAGCGUCAGUUUCUUUUUCUUCGAGUCUGGGUCUAAGAUAUGGGAUAUCUAAAACUAAACAGUUAGACUCUAAGCCUAGUAUAAUGACCAGUGUCUCAUUGGUCCAGGACACUGUGCCGGUGUGCUUGUAAUAGCGAUUGGAAUGCAGCAUAUCACGACAUAUUUCAGUCAGUCCAGGAUGCUGACAUCUGAAUGAUAUUCUUCGCUGAUUUUAGACGCCCGUAAAAAUUCAAACACAUUAACUAGAGACAUUUCUAUGCACUUUGUAAAAAAUUUCCAUUCCUUUAAGUUUUUUACUCAAAGUAAAUGCGGUUUUGAUGUUAAAAUAGUUUCUUUUCGAUUUCCAGAUAAUUUUGAACCCGACCUACUGCUGAAUUCGCGUUAGAUCUUUCCAGACUACAAACUGCAUUCCUCCAUUAAAAAAAUCAAUCAUCCCUUUAUUAGGUUCAUAAAAGUGUGAGACGAAUAUUUGCCAAGCCGAAUACUAAGUAGCACCAGGAAAAGGAUAGACAUAACGGCAUGUAAACAAAUGUUUUAAUGCCUUCAAAAAAUUCAUAAUUCUGGACUUUGUAAUUUGAGAGCUUCCUUUUCUCCGAGUAAAUAAAUUGAUGGGUUCAUACUUUGCUACAAAAUGGGGAAGAAUAUCCUUAAAUGAGUUUUCUAUAAAGUAUGUUCAGACUUAUAACGGGGUCGCAAAUCAUUGGAGAAGUCGUGACUCUCAAAUAAACAUUUUUAUGGAAGGGGUACCGAUGGGGUGUAGAACCCAGACAACAGAAAUAUACCCUAAACUGCAACGUGAUUGUACACAUCUCUCAUGAUUUACCGUUCGCAUUGUCUAAAAUUUUUUUUCUUUCCUUAAUAAAUCUAAACUUACUAGCGGCGCUGUUUUCAAAGUCCUUUAUUUUUUGAAAAUUCCUUUUUGUUUUUCCUUAAUCACUGCGUUCACAUUCUUAACUAAAUGACAGCAUACGAUAAGACUUUUGACAGAAACUUAUCUGUUUUCUGUGACUUCUUUCUCUCUGGCCUGGGUGUUAUCCCACCUGCAAAGUUCCCCCUACAACCAGUUAACGUAUGACACGGUCCACAGGCCAGCUUAGCAUGGUUGUUGGUCAUAUCUCCUAUCGUUGACAUGGAAAGCAAUUUUUAAAAGUGGUCGGGAAGAAACAGAUCCCAAAGCCGGCAUCUUAGCGAUUAUGGUGCAUGUUUACCACUAUUAAAGUUCCACCUGGACAAUCCUUUUGAUCGAAAAUAAAUUUUGGCGAAUGAAAGAGAAUAUGCGCAUUCCAGGUUCUUGUUUAAAAGAAGGCGAAGGCACGAUCACUGGGACAGUAAGUUUAUAUGCCUGAGCUUUCGAACUCGAACUAGAGUUCAUCAUCAGAGGUUACUCGAGUGCAGCAAAUUGUGAGCAUUUAUAUCGUUCAUCCUUGCGGGGGGGGGAAGGGGGAGUACGUCCGUGGCUAGGUAGGGUUUGUGCCGCCUGGUCCACGAUGUUCCCCCGGCGUGGUGACGCCAUUUGCACUUCGCGACGGUGUGAGCUGCUCUACCUGGCUGCAUGGGCGGAGUGCGUGAUAACACGCAGGCAAAUCAAUGUGUUGGUGUCCGACACCCACGCUUCCAACAGUUCUCGCCCCGUCUUGUUGCCGGCUCGCGCCAAUAUCCGCGUGUUGGCGAAGUCGAACUCAUGCCCUUCCUCGAGCGUGUGAGUGGCUACUUGAGAGAGUGGGUCGCCUCUCCGAACGGCCCGUUUGUGCUAAAGUAUUCGUGAGCUCAGACGUCGUCCUGUCUGGCCUGUGUAGUGGCAAGGACAGUUUUGGCACGGGAUUCGAGAGACUACGCCCGACUGUUCACCUGCGUCCAGCCGAUCCUUCAUUUUCAUGAUCCUGCUACGCAUGGUGGCCGCCGGAUGAUGAGC